AUGCCGACAGCGACGUUAGCAGCAAUGCCGGCCGUGACAAUGCAAGAGCAGCACGCAGAUUUAACGCUAGAGCAACAGCCAACGCCUCAGCCUCACCAACACGAACAGCAGCAACUGAGCAUGGAGCAUCACCACCUGCAUCACCAGCAGCAGCAGCAGCAGCAGCAUCAACACCACCAAUAUGCGCAGCUGGAAGCACACUACCAACAGCAGGUGCCACUACAACCCCCACCACCGCCGCAGCAGCAGCAGCCACACUACCAUGUGCCGCCGCCAUUCCACUAUCACUGGGGCAAACAGCAACCGCCGCUGCAGCCUCCACAAAUACACCCUCAGCCCCAUCAGCCAGAAGAUGCACACUAA